AUGGCGUUGUCGACCCUGCCACACGACGAGAAGCCGAGGGGUCUGGGACUCUUUUGUCUCGAUGCCUUUCGUUCUCAUGUCAUCGGCGCACUUUUCGACGACCCCUCACGACGCCUCGAGCGCCUGAUACUGCAGGCACUUCACCAGGAGUCGUGCGUGCGCCACGCCGCGGCCGCGCUCACAAUCCAUCAGCUCCAAAUCUCGUCGCGGUGGCCAGCUGGCAGCAUUGGUGAUGGUGCUACGACGUUUGGCCUCAGGUCCUACGGUCUCUCCAUCCGAGAUCUGCGGAGGCUGUUGCUGCGGCAGCCCGAUCGACACGCCGCUGAGGUCGCCUUGGUGUGCGCCCUGCUGGGCAUUUGUUACGAACUCGCCCAGGGCGCUUACAACGAGGCACGACUCCAUUUGGAGAAUGGCCUGCGUGUCUGCUCGUCCUUGGCCGUCGACGGAGACAUCUUCCAUGCAUUUGCGCGUCUUGACGUCCAAGGGUCGACAUUUAUCGAAGGCUGGGUACCACGACUCACGCCGCUUCUUCCGACCAACGCCAUCACCGCUGCCGACGACGACUACGACCGAGAUGUGGUCCGGUUUGAAUCCCUGGAAACUGCUCAACGCCACCUUUAUGCAUGUCUAAGUCGGCUGUGGUCGUUCUUAAGGGGCACUCUCGACAAUUCUCAUCGCUACUGCAACCCGGACGAUCGACCACCGCAAAUUGCAAGUCAAAGCCGGGACCUAGGGGCACAUUUACGGCAAUGGGAGCUGGGCUAUGACGAGUUUGUAAAGCGCCUGGACAGCUUUCCAAAUACGGACGCCCAAACAUACUCAAACCUUCUCUGCGUUCAUCAUCUGACCGCUAAGGUAUAUUUGGCGACAGCACUUUGUCCUAACGAGCUCUGCUACGAUGAUCAUGACGAUUCAUUUCGCCUCAUAAUUUCCUUGUCUCGGUCGCUCUUAAACCACCGUCGGUCAGAUGCGACCCCUGCCCUCUUUUCCUUAGGGCUGGGGGUUGUCCAGCCCCUAUUCUUUACCGCCACGCGAUGUCGGAAUCUUUGGGUCCGGGAGGAAGCGAUGGAGCUAUUGUCGUCUAUCCCGUGGACUGAAGGCGUGUGGAAUGGUCCCGCCAUGACCAAAAUCGCCGCCGUCGUCAAAGAGUUGGAAGAACGCGAUCUCGACCGAGCCUUCCUUGAGCAGCACCGUAUACCCGAGGCGAAACGAGUUCAUUCGACUAGCACCGACCUCGAUCCUCGGCGGCGUUCUUCUGAGGUGCGCUGUGCGCUGCUGCCCAGUGGUCAGACAGGGCCGCGGGAACAUCACUUCUUCCAAGUCUAUUGGUGA